AUGACCACAAAAAUUGCAACAGUAGCCAACUUGGCUUUUCAUGCAUUUCAACAGCACUCAGUACGUGCUACAUUGGGCCCAGCAUCAGCUAAUAUUAACAAUGGGAUGGGGGAUUCUCAUCCUUGUACAAAUGGCAAUUCUCCAACACAUUCUGACAAACCCGUUUCCCCAACUCUUCCGGUAAAACAUAAACAUUUGUCGGAAUCUUUAUGUCGUUUGCUAGCAUGUGUUCGCUCUCUUACUCCAAAAGAUGUUGGGUUUGAUGUUCGAUGGAUCUCUGAUUCAAAUAUAUCAUCUGCUCCAGUCGCUUAUGUGCAUAUUAUGGAAAAUGAAGUAUUUUCCAUGGGUAUUUUUAUUUUGAAACCUGGCUCUCGUAUACCCUUACAUGAUCAUCCGGGAAUGUAUGGGAUUUUAAAAGUUUUAACCGGUUCUGUACGAUGUCGUAGUUUCACACGAUUGAAAAAUGUCAAAUCAACAACAGAUUUAGGAAAUUAUAAACCAUCGUUAUCGGUUUUUGAUGAUUCAAAAUGGCAAUUGACCGACUUAAUCAUUGCUCGACCACAUCAAGAUACAGUCCUAUCUCCGGACCAUCAACCUUGUUUGCUUUUUCCAAUCGAAGGUAAUUUACAUGAAAUUACUCCAGUUGAUGGCCCGGCGGUUUUUCUCGAUAUACUAGCUCCUCCAUAUGAUCAUGAUUUAGGAACCAGAGAAUGUCGAUUUUAUAAAGAAGUCAUCAUACCACAAAUGAACUCUAAUUCACUAUUAUCACAGAACAACUUGCAUAAUAACAAUAAUAAUGAAGAACUCUCAUCUUCAGCUGAUUCUUCAGAUCCUGAUCAAUGCACAAAUCAGUCAGAAAAAGAUUCAAUUGUUUAUUUAGUUGAAACAAACCAACCAUCAGAUUAUUGGUGUGAGUCUGCGGAAUAUAAUGGACCUAGUGUAGUUUAG